AGAGAUAGAGAGAAAUUAUUCUGUGUCAUGUACCAAUGACCACAGUUCAGUCUAAAAUGUGACCCGACGAACUACAGAGGGCGAUUGAGAUUUCGUGAUCUGAAUUUUUGAAUUCAACAUCCUCUGAAAAUGUUAUUUAUCGAAGCCAUUAAAAAAAUUAUUUCAUCCCACUCCAAAGAAAUCAGUGGGUUUGUCAUCAUUUGUAUCACUGUAGUGUUUGUGAGAAGGAGAAAACCGAGAAAACAAUAUCCCAAGAAUGUUGUCAUCCAUCACCAAGUCGGCCGUGGUCCGUUUGCUCCGAGUAUCAUGCCUUUUGCUGUCAAAUUGGAGACGUACCUUCGAAUGAACAAUGUGCCGUAUUUGAAUGUCCACGAUAGCUAUCAACGAAGAAGUUCAAAGGGAAAACUGACUUGGAUCGAAUACAAUGGAAUGAAAGUUGCCGAUUCAGAAUUCUCUAUAAAAUUUAUUAACAAGGCCUUUGAUGUUGAUCCUGACAAACAUUUAACCGAAGAAGAAAAGGCUAUGGCCUAUGCUAUGCAAAUUAUGGUUGAAGAACAUACCUAUUGGGCAGUGACUUUUUUUCGUUGGGUUUACGAGCGGGCAGAGAAAAUCAACACAUAUCUCGGGAUUCCCGGUCUACUGCGGUAUUUCCUAGUACAAGGACUGACAAAGAAGACGAAGGCCCAGGGCCUAGGCCUUCAUUCACCAUCCGAAGUUUACAGUAUAAUGGUGGACGACCUUAGAAGUCUGGCCACAUUUCUAGGUAAUAAAAGAUUUCUGAUGGGUGAGGAACCUUGUAAGGCAGACUGUGCCAUAUUUGGUCUACUUUCUCAAAUGUACUGGCUAUCUUUUGGUGGAGAGAACGAAAGAGCAAUUAAAGAGUUCCCUUGUCUGUGUGAUUACUGCGAGAGAAUGAAAUCCACGUUUUGGCCUGACUGGGACGACUGCAUCACACACGGAGGCACAAAAACAGCAUCGAAUUAAGUCAACGUCUCCAAAUCCACAGAACUAAAGAUGAUAUGGGUCCUAUUUGGCCACAGAAUUGACAGUCGUUCUUUUGUAAAUAAAGUGAUUUGAUUGAU